AUGCCACUCGGGGUGCCGCUAAGAAAGUACCUGUUCAUUGUAUCUACGUCCUUCUUAUGCAUGGCUAUGGGUUCGUGCUGCGUGCAUCUGAUUAUGAAACCAGAAAUGAAAGAAUAUGAUAUUUCAAAACAUUUGGAAAAUAGAAACAGUGCCAUUCAGGAGGUUCAACAAGAAAUCAUCAAAAGGAAGUCAUCAACUUAUAGCAAAUCGAACUGA